GUCAGUGAUUGAAAUAUCCAGGGACGUCCGUGUAAUCAUUGCGUUCAUAUCAGUAUCACUUAGACGGCUGGCGGGAAUUUACGUCCAAUAAACACUCAAUAUUCUAUUUUCUUCGUCAAGGAGGUAGAUAAUUCACUCAGUCAAAAUGGGUUGGAAGUUGACAUUGUUCAUCGUUUUGUCCGCAGUUGCUGUUGGGUAUAUCAUUCACAGUUCCUUGAACCCGCCAUUGAAAGCCGCGCCGCCCUCAGACAUCGGAGACGAGUGGUGGGGUCGAGGCCUGCCUGAAGUCUCGGGGAGCAAACAGGACACCUCCGUUCGCAAGUUCCGUGUGAAUGUGUCGGACGAAGUGCUGAAUGAUUUGGAUGCCCGGCUUCGGAAUACUCGUUUUGUGGACCGCGUGGAGGAUGCUGCUUUUCGUUAUGGCUUUGAUUCUGAUUAUAUGAAACAGGUCCAGAGAUAUUGGCUUGAGAGAUAUAGUUGGAGGGAUGCUGAGAAGAGGUUGAAUCAGUUUGAUCAGUUCCUGACCAAUAUCGAGGGUAUUGAUGUUCAUUUCGUCCAUGUUAAACCCAAGCUAAAGCCUGGACAGAAGGCUAAGCCCAUCAUCAUCGUCCAUGGGUGGCCAGGAUCAAUUUAUGAAUUCUAUAAGAUGAUCCCAAUGUUGACUGACCCUUUGAGCCAUGGAGGGUCAGCUGAGGACAUCUUUGAGGUCAUUUGCCCAAGUAUUCCUGGUUAUGGAUUCUCUGAAGCACCUCACAAACAAGGAUUUGCAGCUUAUGCUGCAGCAGGAAUCUUUAACAAGCUGAUGCUUCGCCUUGGGUUUGAUAAGUACUAUGUUCAAGGGGGCGACUGGGGAAGUAUCAUUACACUUAACAUGGCCAUCAUGUAUCCAAGCAACGUGAAAGGGUACCAUGCCAACAUGGGUGCCCAGUCCAACCUGAAAUCGUUCCUGUACCCCAUCCUAGGCCAGUACCUCCCUUCAAUCUUCCUCCCUGACAAGAGAGACCAGGAACGGCUCUUACCAGUGACGGAUAGGAUGCUCGAUCUGCUUCAAGAGUCGGGUUACAUGCAUAUACAGGCUACAAAGCCUCAGACAGCAGGACAGGGAGUCAAUGAUUCACCGAUUGGACUGGCUGCCUACAUCCUGGAGAAAUUCUCGACAUGGACGAUACCACAAUGGCGUGACUUACCGGAUGGUGGACUGACCAAGUCAUUUACUCUGGAUGACCUAUUAACCAACGUGAUGAUCUAUUGGGUCAACGGGAACAUUGCUUCUUCCAUGAGGUUAUACAAAGAAGAGCUUGGAGGAAAUUCAAGAAAGUAUCAUGAAAUCUAUGCCAACCUGGUUCCUAUGGGCUAUGCAUCUUUCCCCAAUGAACUCUUCUAUAAUAUAAGGGCGGUCACCAAGCACUACAACCCUAACCUGAUGAGUUUCAAUUACAUGCCCCGAGGUGGACACUUUGCUGCUUUCGAAGAACCUCAGCUUCUGGCCGAAGACAUCAGGCAGUUUGUUCGCAAGGUGGAAGCCCUUUAGAGGGUGUUGAAUUGAAAUUCUUCCAAACAUCCUCAUACCAUUUGUUUAAAUCAAGAAAUUAUUUGACAAAAUUUUACUUCAUCAGGAAAUUCUUUCAUAAAGUGGAGGUAUUUUGUAGGGUUGUCUUCCAAAACUUUUUCCAAAAGUCAUGGUACUAAAUUGAUGAAAAUAAGACAGAUAUUUGAUAGAAUUAUGUGCCAUUGAUUUUGCAUUUGGUUCGCAAGCUGGAGAUCAUCUAGAGGUCUUUUUAAACAGAAUCUGAUCCAGAAACCCUGGUAACAGUUGAUUUAAUAAUAAUAAUAAUUAUACUUGCUUAUAUAGCGCUAAAUACUUUGUCAGAAAUCUCUAAGCGCUCUACAGUAUAUAUGCAGCAUAAAUUUAAAUCAAUCAAUGUUUGACAAAAUUUUGUGGCUUCAGGAAUUUCGUUCACAAAGUGGAGGCCCUUUCGAGGGCAGUCUCUCAAAACUCUUUCUAAAUCAUAAUGCCUUUGAUUAGAAUAAUAAUAUAAUAAAAUAAAAUUAUGUGGCAUUGAUUGAAUAGGUUGUCUGUAAGCUGGAGGGCCUCUCAGUGGCUUUGUACUGAAACUUUUCCAUAAAAUUUUGUUCCCAUUUGAUCAAAAUCAAUGAACCUUUGACAAAAUUAUGAGGGAACUUUUUCCCAAAAGUGGAGCCCCCUCAUUAGGCGGUCUCCAAAACUCUUCAGUAAUCAUGAUACUAUUUGAAUGGGAUGAAAAGAUAUAUAUGUGAUGAAAUUAUUUUGCAUUGAUUAAAAAUCAUUGAAUACUUUUCAAAUUAUAUGGUAUCAUGUACUGUGUCCUCAAGAUGGGGGCCUUCCAGAAGGUCUCAACCAAACCAUUCCAACCAGCUUUAUACCAUUUUAUUAACAUCAAUUAUCAUUUGAAAAAAUAAUGUGGCAACAGGCAGUGUGUUGACAUUGCUAACAUCAAAGCCACAUUAAAUAACACUGCCAUGUGUGUUAACUGCCAUUAAACUCUUGAUUUUUUGGGGUUUAGAACUUUAGAUCAAGCAUUUAUCCCUGGUGCAUUGGUGAUUACUACUGAUUGCAAAUUUAUCUUGGAUCCUGUUUUUAUUGGUUUCAU